GUUUAUCAGCGCUCCAGUGAGCACUGAAGCACCAUCACAGCCCACAACAACGAGAAGAAAACAGGCUCGCGCGCACGGCGGCAGCCAAUCAGCGGACUGGUUUCUGUUCAGCAUCUCGGAGGAACUGAAGCGUCGACAUCAGACAGAGCAGAGCUGAGGCAGAGAGGAGAAAAAACACUUCGAGGCACCACGACGGGCAGUUAUGGUUUUGUGAAACUGACAGGAAGGUGGAGGAAAGCGACACCAGCACAAAGAGAAAACUAAAGUCAGCUACCCCAAACACUGCACAGAAGGAACCAAACUCCUGCUCAAGCAUGGCAGACCACAAAGACAACAUAGAUGACUUUAAAGUCCAAACAGCCAAGCAUCCCAACAUGAGCUCAGUCACUUUACGGCCGCACACCGAACAGUCAAGAGACAGAACAUCCAAAAGGCUUUCAACUGAGUCUAAUGGCACCAGUGACGGAGGCAUGGGCUCGUCCACACCAGUGGAGUUGACUGCUUUGGAAGAGUCGUUUCGUCGUUUCGCCAUCCACGGUGACACUCGUGCUACCGGCAAGGAGAUGCAUGGCAAGAACUGGUCCAAGCUCUGCAAGGACUGUGGUGUGAUUGACGGCAAAAACAUCACCCUCACUGACGUGGACAUCGUGUUCAGCAAAGUCAAGAAGAAAUCCAGUCGCAACAUCACAUUCGACGAGUUCAAGGUCGCUCUGGCAGAACUGGCCAGGAAGAAAUACAAAGAGAAGACAGGAGAGGAAGCCGAGGCUGAGGUCUUUAAGCUGAUAGAAGGGAAGUCGCCGGUCAUUGCAGGAGUCACGAGAGCCGUGGCUUCCCCGACUGUGAGCCGUCUCACGGACACCACCAAGUUUACAGGGUCGCAUAAGGAGCGUUUUGACGCCACCGGGCGCGGGAAGGGUAAGGCGGGACGAGAGGACAUAGUUGACACUUCAGGAUACGUCUCAGGAUACAAACAUAAAGGGUCGUAUGAGAAGAAAGUGAAUAAACCCACAGUGGGCAAACCCAUGUGAGGGCAAAGGAUGAGGAACAAACAUUUAGGAUAAUUUUCUAUUAAAAGAGUCCUCAAAGAAAGCACAAAGGAAUAGGAUUUCAUAUAUUUUUCCCACCCAUCUAUUUUAUGUAUGUGUGUGUGUCUGAGAGAGGGUUUUUGAGUUCCUCUCUUUGUGAAGUGUGAGAACUGGAAAACUGUUUACAUCUAUUUUUACAAAGUCAGCACCAGCUGGUACAUUCCUGUCUGAUUGCAAGUUACUGCCAAACACUGAAGAGAACAAACGAGAGAACCUGCUAUGCUAUGAAUAAUGAAGCUUUGUUGUGGCGAUUGGGCCUUAGAAUAUUUAUUAAGCACAAUAGAAACAACAUGCCAAGAAAAACAAAAGUGGGACAACAGUUCGAUGAAUUAACAACAUUGCACUUUUAAAUGGAAAUGUUUCUAUUCCAACAUUCAGUGAAAGAUGCAUUUUUAAUUUGUUUUGAAGAGUUUCAAUCAUUGACGCACAUUUUUGAAAUGACUAUUUCUCUUAAAAACCUUUGGUUUCAUCUUAAGUGUUUCCUGUGCCAUGCCAGCCUGUUAAUUCUUAUUAACAUCUACCAUCAUUUUCAUUUUUGAAGCUUAGUCAUUUUGAUAAUUUGCCUUUAAUACAGUCCGAGAAAAAAUUGUUUAGUUAAAUUUUUUUAAUGGUUUUUGCAAAAUACAAUGUAGUUCACUGUUUAACUGAACAUGUUUUACCUUUUCUCUUACUUCUAUGAAUAUAUGUAACACAAAAAAUCAACCUUGUAUGCUAACCUUUUAAACACUUUAAAAAAGCUACACAAAUUCCCCAUUCUGUCAUAAGCUGUCAUUAUUCAUGUCUUCUCUAUGUCUGCCCACACAACAUUUUUUGCUAAGAUGCAUUUUGAAUUUGAAAUUGGUAAAUUUAGCUGAAGAAGGAAGCUCUAACCAGAAAAGAUGAGCUCAGUUGAACAAGAUUGUAUUUUUAACAUUUGACUUAUAUUUCCUCAUCAGAUUUCUAUACUGUAGUUCUAAUAUAUUUGUGGUAAGAUUGUGUAUAUUCUAAAAAGUUAAAGCCACAUGGCUUAAUUUAUGACACUGGCGUCGUAUUUUGUUUUCUGUAUUGCUGUACUUUGUGCAUGCAUGUUCUGUAUAUUGCAUUUGAUUCAGAAGCGUAUAGAUCACAGUAGGAGUUCGUCAUAUCUUCCUUGAACUGCUGUGCCUGCUGUGAGGACAGACUACUGGAAAAAAAACUUAAAUAUCGUCUUGCUAAAAUGAAAAAUAUCAAAAUUGUGGGAUCAUGAUCAAAUCUUGUAUUGCUUGGAAUCAGUAUAUAUCAACCUGUACAUGUGCAAAGUCAGCUACACUCCAAUGCUAUAUACUUGUCUGUUGGUGAAGAUAUGGAAUAUUAUAGUGGUAUGUCAUCCAAGGCACAAAUUUAACUUAAACAAAAGCAGGUUUUUACUGUUGUAUCCUUCAUUACUGUGUGAGAAAAAGGGAACAUUUGCAAAGGGUAAAAUACUUUUGUAGAAUAUUUUUCCAACAUGACAGUGUUUGUUUCACACUUGUCACACACUACCUGUAGCCUCAGCUGAUGAAGAAUCGUGCAUCAACUAGCAGCUAUCAGUGUUGUUUUUUUGUCUGCUGCAGUAGCUCAAGUAUGACCUCUUUUUGUGCUUAAUGCCAAAUACUGUGCACCUUUAAUGUGGAGGAACAAUAUUGUCUUAUUUUUUUGUUUUUCGAAUAACUUUUCAUGUAAUAUUGUGCCCCAGUGCAUGCAGUGUGUUUUGUUCUUGUUCUUUUAGGCCUCUUAAUGUAUGCUCAUGAUUUGUAGUGCAUUACUGAAAAUAAAAAACACACCUAAGAACCUCUGCUGAGUAGGUUACAGGGUGUCAGUCAAAACAGUGUUUUACAUUCUCAUGUCUUUGA